AGUUUAAUAGAGCUAUAGUAUAUAAUAACCCUCCGCUUUUCCCGCCAAAAACGUACACUGUAUGUCAGCAUCAGCAUCAGUAUACACUCUGAUGCAUACGAGCUGUGCACAUCAUACUUGGACGCCGACGCUUCGUUGCAUAUAGAAAAAAUAACAUCAAUUUUCCCAGUUAGUCAUGGAUUUAGGCGAUCAGCCCACUCGCCAAGCUAAGGUGCGGGAUGAUGUCGGAGUACAGUGCCAAAAAUUGUUUCAGAACUUCCUCGAGGAAUUUAAAGAAGAGGGAGAAGUCAAGUAUCUCGAACCAGCCAAAGAGUUGGUCAGUCCUGAGCGUAGUACGCUGGAAGUUUCUUUUGAGGACAUUGAGAAAUACAAUCAAUUUUUGUCUACCACCAUAAUAGAAGAAUAUUACAGAGUUUACCCUUAUCUCUGUCAAGCUGUGUUCAACUAUGUGAAAGAUCACGAACAUCAUACGAAAGAAAAGGAAUACUACGUCAGCUUGAUCGAUGUGCCGACUAGACACAAGCUCAGAGAACUGACCACUUCCAAGAUCGGAACUUUGAUUCGUAUCUCUGGACAGGUUGUACGAACUCACCCUGUUCAUCCAGAAUUGGUUUAUGGAACAUUCGAAUGCCUCGACUGUAGAGCAAAGAUCAAGCACGUUGAACAACAAUUCAAAUUUACCAAUCCUACUAUUUGUAGUAAUCCAGUGUGUAGCAAUAGGCAAAGAUUUAAAUUAGACAUUGACGAAUCGGAAUUUGUAGAUUUCCAAAAAGUCAGAAUACAAGAAACCCAAGAAGAAUUGCCUAGAGGAUGCAUUCCUCGUUCGCUUGAAAUCAUUUUGAGAGCAGAAACUGUAGAGACUGUGCAAGCUGGGGACAGAUACGAUUUUACUGGAACUCUGAUCGUGGUGCCCGAUGUCGGAGUACUGUCCAUGCCAGGUGCCAAGGCUGAACUUGGCUCCAGACACAAGCAAGGGGAUCAAGGCGAAGGCGUUAGAGGACUCAAGUCUCUUGGAGUGAGAGAUCUCAACUAUAGGAUGUCUUUUCUUGCCUGCAGUAUUUCAGCGACAAGCUUGAGGUUUGGUGGAACCGAAACUGGAAUGGAGGAAAUAUCCCAAGAAAUGAUGAAGAAGCAAAUGACAACGGAUGAGUGGAAUAAAAUAUACGACAUGAGUAAAGAUAAAAAUCUGUACCAGAACCUAGUAUCGAGCUUGUUUCCCUCCAUACAUGGUAAUGACGAAGUCAAGAAAGGAGUGGUGUUAAUGUUGUUUGGUGGAGUACCAAAAAUCACAACCGAAGGAACGACUUUGCGCGGUGAUAUCAACAUUUGCAUAGUUGGAGAUCCUAGUACAGCCAAGUCCCAGCUUCUCAAGCAAGUUGCCGAAUUGUCACCAAGGGCCAUUUACACUUCUGGAAAAGCUUCGAGUGCUGCUGGUCUUACAGCUGCGGUGGUUAGAGAUGAGGAAUCUUCCGACUUUGUCAUUGAGGCUGGAGCGCUGAUGUUGGCGGACAAUGGAAUAUGUUGCAUCGAUGAAUUCGAUAAAAUGGACCCAAAAGAUCAGGUGGCGAUCCACGAAGCUAUGGAACAGCAGACCAUUUCAAUAGCCAAAGCUGGUGUUAGAGCAACCUUGAAUGCCCGUACGUCAAUUCUGGCAGCAGCCAACCCGAUUGGUGGUCGCUAUGACAGAUCCAAGUCGUUGCAGCAGAACGUUUACCUGACCGCACCCAUCAUGUCUAGAUUUGAUCUCUUCUUCAUUUUGGUCGACGAGUGUAACGAAAUCAUAGAUAACGCUAUUGCCAAGAAAAUUUUGGACUUGCACAGUAACAACAUAGUCACCAUUGAAACGGUCUACACUCAACAGGAAAUCCUGCGCUACAUAAACUUUGCCAAGCACUUUAAGCCCAUGAUUAAUGCUCAAGCCGGCGAGCUUCUGAUAAACACGUACACAGAUAUCAGACAGAAGGAGGGAUCGGGUGGCAAGAAAUCGACGUGGAGGGUCACCGUGAGACAGUUGGAAAGUUUAAUUCGACUGGCGGAGGCUUUGGCGAAAUUGGAGUGUCAAGAUGAGGUAACUGAGAAACAUGUGAAAGAAGCUCGUCGUUUGCUCAGCAAGAGCAUAGUCCGAGUAGAGCAACCAGAUAUUUACCUCGAGGACAAUUCAAGUACUGAAAAUGGCAUGGACAUAGAUAAUCCCGCUCCAGCGAGAAUGGAAGAAUUGAAUAGAAUGGACGGUGACACUAGUAGAGAGGCGCGCAACGAUGCUUCUGACGAGCCUAGUGAGCAGGAGCAGCAACAGCCGAAGAAGAAGCUUACAAUGUCUUACGAGGAGUACAAGAGUCUUACUAAUAUGCUGGUAUUAUAUAUGAGAAGCGAAGAGGAGCGAUAUGAAACGCAAGAUGAAAUCAAAGCAGGGACCAAAAAGUCUGAACUAGUCGCGUGGUACCUCGAUACAAUUCAAGACCAGAUUGAUUCGGAAGAAGAAUUGCUGGAAAGAAAAUCCCUCAUUGAGAAAAUCAUCGACAGGCUGAUCUACCAUGACCAAAUUAUAAUCACAUUGACAGACAAUGCCAUCAAAGUUAAGGGCGAUGAGGAUGAAGAUCCCAUGUUGGUUGUACAUCCUAAUUACGUCAUAGAGUGAUUUGUUAUUUAUGUUUUACUCGCGAUGUUGAAUUACAAAACUCUUGCUGUGCCUUGUGUCAUCAGCAUCGAUUACCACUAUACUUGGAGUAUUAUGUGCGGAAAAAUGGUCGCCUGCCUACGAAUUGUUGUAUAAAAUAUUUUUUACUUGCGAAAAUAAAAACGUUUUUAUAGACAAGAA